ACAACAGCUGCUUCAACCACAACCACAGCAGGUCCAACCACAGCAGUAACAACCACAACCACUGCUACUCAAAGAACAACUACGGCAGCUCCAACCAUAACCACGACGGCUCCAACCACAACCACAGCCACUCCAACCACAACCACUGCUGCUUCAACAACUACGGCACCUCCAACGACAACACCUGCUCCAACCACCACAACAGCUUCACCAACCACAGCGACAGCUGUUACAACCACAACCACAGAAGCUCCAACCACAUCCACAGUCGCUCCAACUACAACAACAGUGUCUCCAACCACAACCACAACCACAGCUGCUCCAACAACAACUACGGCAUUUUCAACAACAACAACACCUGCUUCAACCACAACUACAGCUGCUCCAACUACAACCACAGAGGCUCUAACCACAACCACAGUGGCUCCAACCACCACCACAGGUGCUCCGACCACAACCACAGUGGCUACAACCACCACCACAGGUGCUCCGACCACAACCACAGCUGCUCCACCUACAACUAAAGAUGCUCCAACUACAACCACAGAGGCUCCAACUACAGUGGCUACAACCACAACCACUGCUGCUACAACUACCACUACAGAUGCUCAAACUACAAUCACAGAGGCUCCAACCACAACCACAGCUGCUCCAACCACAACCACAGGGGCUCCAACCACAACAACAGCUGGAUCAACUACAACCACAUCGGCUCCAGCCACAACCACAGUUCCUCCAACUACAUCCACAGCGGCUCCAACCACAACCACAGCUGCUCCAACCACAACCACAACUAACAACUACGGCAGCUCCAACCAUAACCACGACGGCUCCAACCACAACCACAGCCACUCCAACCACAACCACUGCUGCUUCAACAACUACGGCACCUCCAACGACAACACCUGCUCCAACCACCACAACAGCUUCACCAACCACAGCGACAGCUGCUCCAACUACAGUGGUGUUGGGUACCACAACCACUGCUGCUACAACUACCACUACAGAUGCUCCAACUACAACCACAGCUUCUCCAACUACAACCACAUCGGCUCCAGCCGCAACCACAGCGACUGCAACGACAACUGA